AUGUUCCAGAAGGUUCGAAAACAACGUUUUGAACAUCGUGAAAAGAUACAGGGAAAGUAUAUCAACAUUCUUGAAGGACUUGAAUUACAUACCGGCGUGUUUUCUGAAAGUGAACAAAGGAGGAUAGUUGACUAUGUCUUCCAUCUCAGAGAUCUGGGUCGAGCAGGUCGCUUAAGGAAGAGGACUUAUUCUGAGCCUCAGAAAUGGAUGAGAGGAAAAGGACGGAUCAUCAUUCAGUGUGGUUGUUGUUAUAACUUCGCAUAUGAUAAUGAAGGAAAUCCCUCGAUGAUUAUAAGACACGACGAGGUGGAUCCGAUACCACCAAUUAUAAAGAGGAUGAUCCAGAAAAUGGUAUUAUGGCACGUAUUGUCUGCCAACUGCGUGCCUAAUAGCUGCAUAAUAAACAUUUACGAAAAGGAGGACUGCAUUCCGACACAUAUCGAUCAUCAUGAUUUUCUGAGGUCGUUCAGCACCGUCUCGUUCAUCAGUGAAUGCAACAUUUUGUUCGGCAGUGACUUACGAACAAUCGGGCCAGGAGAAUUUCGAGGCUCAGCUGAAAUUCCUUUACCCCUCGGGUCAGUCCUGGUACUUAAAGGGAAUGGGGCAGAUUUAGUUAGACACUGUAUCCCGGGAGUUCCGCGAAGAAGAGUUUCAAUAACCUUCAGAAAGAUGGAUGAUAGUAAGACGUCGUUUGGAUAUCGACCUGAUCCAGAUCUAGAGGGCUUACGACCUUUGGAGAAGCUCGCCCGUCUCCCACACCGAAGCCGCUCGAUCCCGUCUCCCGCACUGAAGUCGCUCGAUCCCGUCUCCCGCAUCGAAGCCAUCUCGCUCGAUCCCGCCUCUCGCUCAACGCCUUCGCCUUUUCCUCCCUCUCGUGUGCGACAGAGCAGCCGCUCGAUCGCUCGUCCGCUCCUACCCGCUCGACCACUCCUCCUUGAAGCACCCCUCCGCAACUCCCUCGCUGGUCUCUUUCUUCCUCGCGCUCUCGCUCGGGAUUCCUCGGCUUCUCUUCCUCGUUCGACUGAGGCUGCUCGUAUCCUCCUCCUCACACAGUUACAACUCCUUUCGAAGGAUUUCCUGUCAGUUUUCCCGUGGGAUGUUUUUCUUGGCUUUGGUGGGAUUCAGAUUCCUCCAGAUGGAUGGGAUUAA